AUGAUGGCUGUCUCGGUGCUGGACUCGCGGGUCUUCCGCGACCUCUUUGGCACGCAGCAGAUGCGUGAUGUCUUUUCCGACGAGGCCUACGUCGGACGCAUGAUCGAGGUCGAGACGGCGCUGGCUCGAGCUCAGUCCAAGGUCGGGGUCAUCGAAGCCAGCGCCGGCGAUGCACUGACCAAGGCCGUCGGCCAGGUCAAGAUAGACUACGAAAAGCUGUCUGCCGACACCGAGAUCGUCGGGUACCCCGUGCUGCCCCUGAUCCAGCAGCUGGCGGCGCAGACGCCCGCCGAGGUCGCCAGGUACAUCCACUGGGGCGCGACGACGCAGGACAUCAUGGACUGCGCCUCGCAGCUGCAGAUGCGGCAGGGCCUGGCCAUCGUCAGGGCCGGCCUCGGGGACCUGGCGCAGACGCUGCGGCGCCUCUCGGAGCGGCACCGCGACACGCCCAUGGCCGGCCGGACGCACCUCCAGCACGCGCUGCCCUGCACGUUCGGGUACAAGUGCGCCGUCUACCUGUCCGGCAUCGCGCGGCACCUCGAGCGGCUCGGGGAGAUCGAGAGGCGCUGCCUGCUGGUGCAGUUCGGGGGCGCGGCCGGCACGCUCGCCUCCCUGGGCGCCGCCUCCGGGGACGGGGUCCGGGUCCGGGCGGCGCUGGCGGAGGAGCUCGGCCUGCGGGACGCGCCCGUCACCUGGCACUCGGUGCGCGACAACGUGGCCGAGGUGCUCAACUUCCUGGCGCUCGUGGGCGGGUCGCUGGGCAAGAUCGCCUACGACAUGAUCGUCAUGUCGUCCAGCGAGGUCGGCGAGGUCUCGGAGCCCUUCGUGGCCCACCGCGGCGCCUCGUCGACCAUGCCGCAGAAGCGCAACCCGAUCUCGAGCGAGCUCGUCUACGCCGCCUCCAAGCUGCUGCGGUCCAACGCCGCCCUGGGGCUCGACGCCAUGGUCGUCGACUUUGAGAGGGCCUCGGGCCCCUGGCACCUGGAAUGGGCUGCCAUCCCCUCGGCUUUCGUCCUCGCCGCCGGGUCCCUGCACCAGACGCAGUUCGCCCUCAACGGGCUGGUGGUCAACACGGGGAGGAUGAUGGAGAACCUCGGCUCGACGCGGGGUCUCAUUGUCGGAGAGGCCGUGAUGAUGGCCUUGGCGCCUCAUCUGGGCCGCCAGGGCGCCCACGACAUCGUCUACGAGGCUUGCAAGGAGGCGAUCGAGUCUGGCAAGUUAUUGAUUGACGCCCUGAAAACCAGACCCCAAGUCAUGGAGUGCUUCAGCCAAGAAAGGCUCGCCGACGUCUGCAAUCCGACAAAGUACUUUGGCGCUAGCCAGUUGAUGGUCGAUGACAUGUUGCGCAUAACGGGAGGCCUGGCAAAGGGAGUCAAUGGCGUCAACGGUGGGUGUUAG